AAGCAACGAAUGAACAUGACAACGGUUCGCACAGAAAACAAGCCGCUGCACUUUCUAUGAAUCUAUGUAUCUUUUAAUAGCACCCAUUUUGUUCUGUCUCAGGUCAAAUGUUACUUUUUACACAUUCUACAGGCCUACGUGGGUAUUGAAGACAUAUAACUAGGCCGACUGUAUUUCUUCCGGCUUUUCUGCGAGCAAAGACCUUUCACCACAGUUAUCAAUCUCCACUAGCUUUCUGCAGAUCGAUGCAAAAUGGCAUCAGGCUUUGGAUCACUUGCCAAAGAGGCCAGUGUGCUGCUCGAUAAGUUCAGCGCUGGCAGUCAGUGUUUGGAUGUCUUCAUGGAAGAGGCUUCAAGGGAACUGCAGAUCAGGGAUACUCUGCAGAAGAAGUUCAUACUUGAUGUCGUUUCCGGAUGCAUUGAGCACAAAAGGUUACUGGACGUAGUUGUCAAUGUCUUCUAUGGACAGAAGGGGAAAUGUGUAUCCAGAGGGGACCGCAGCCAGUUUGUCAUUAUCUGUUACCUUGCCACAUUUUCUCUUGAUGACCUUGGACUUCAGCGUUUUAGUAACAUUAUUACAUCUCUGGACAUCAAGAAGAUGCACACAUUCCUGACUUUCUUCUUCACAAAUCUCACCACGUGGAUACAAGAGGAGUGGAAUACUAUAUAUGAUGCUGCAUAUGUGGAGAAACACUGCAUCUGCCCUUUGUUAAGAUGGCGCCCUGAGAUGGAUAUUCUCAUUGACCAGCUUGUUGUAAAAAUAUCUCACGGGAAUCAGUUCAAGACAUCUCCAAUCAAAACCACUGAGCCCCAGGAGUUCUCUCUCACCAAACCUAAACCUCGACCUCUGCCUGUGCCUGAGCUCAUUCCACAGCAGGAACAAUCAAAACCAGUGCCAAAAAGCACAUACAAGGCUCCAAAAGACAUGCAGAUGAUGGAGGAGAUCAAACAAAAGAACCGUCAAAAGACUGAGGAACUGCUGUAUGAGGCAAAUAUGAAACAGUUCAGAUGUGUAAAUCCACACAAGUCUGAACACACCAAGAGAGUGAUGUCUCAGAUUAAGGAGGACUUGGAUUCAAAACUCAAGUUCAAUUCAUUUCAUUCCUCUGGACUACCCUCCAGUAAUAAGACUAAUAGCUGGCCCAUCAAGCUCAACAGUGCAGCCAUCUUAAGGCAGGGGGUGCUAUACGACCGUCAGGUGGAGGAAGAGCUGCAAAGAAUGGAGCGUCUGGUCGAGGGGGCACAUGAGCCCUCGUCUUUCCUCCACUGGCAGAAGGAGAUGCGUGAGAAGGACCUCCAGGAGGAGCUGGCCAAGAUUGAGUGCAGGCGUCUGGAAGGACGCAUCAGUUAUGAGGAAGCAGCUAUGGCCCGCACACGCAUAAUGGAACGCAACCAGAAGACUGCUCAGCUGAAGAAAGAAGAGACAGCUCAGCUGAUGCGGAGAUAUGCCGAGAAAAGGCUGCAGGAUGAAAAAGAAAUGAGAGACUUGGUGCAACAAGUGGCAGAAGGACACAAGAACUCAAAGACGGCUAAAGAGAAGUUACAUAAAUUCAAGCAGAGUAUAGUGAAAGAAGUCGCAGAGCAAAGACGAGAGCUCCUUCGUCAAGCACUGGAGGAAGCACAAGCAGAGCUCAGCAGAAAAUUUAAAGUCAUUCGUGAAAUCCGCGCCAUCGAAUCUCUCCCUCACGUUAGAGUCAGGGAUUUUGAUAACACAGGGCCUGCAGGCCAUGAGCUGCUGGGAGAGAUGUCCCUGGUGGAGCUGAAGGAGCGUCUGGGCCUCCUGAGGGAGGCGCAGCAAACAGAGCAGCAUGAGAAACGGGAGCACAUCCUGGAGGAGAAGCACAACAAGAAGCAGCUGCUGUUGGAGCAGCUGGACGCCAUCGACCUCAACACAAGAGUGCUGGCACAGGCUGCUGCCAUCAGGAAAGAGGAGAGGAAAGCCAUGCUGGGUUUUCGGAAGGCGAUGAUUCAGGAUGAGACAGUGUUUGCUCUGCAGAAGAAGCUCGAAGAGAAACAACUAGAGCGUCAAAGACUGAAGCAAACUGAAAGCAAGAAGCCUAAAACCUCUGAACAGGCCGCAGCACGCACAGGGACACCCACCAAAAAAAGCCUGACAGAGAAAAGCUGGAAGGAAUUGGAGCUGAGCUUGGAGCGUCACCUCCAGAAGGACGCGCCUUAUGUUGUUUCUCAUACAAAAACACUCCAGACAUAAAUAUGCACAACAUGCUCCCCAAGUCUGUGAAUGUUUCAUUUUAGAUCAUAAGGAGCAUUAGUUAUAUUUGUUGCUAGAAAUGUGUGGGACGAGAAGCUUGUCAUCGUUUGUCAUGUCAUUGGACACAUUGUGCAUUAAAAUAGCUGUAAAACUGUU